AUGGAUAAAAAUUGGAUAUGGUCCAAUGAUAAAUUGUCCAUGGAAUACACCAAUGGGGUUAGUAAUUUCAUUACACUUGCACGUGGUCACUUGAAUGACGAGAAUAAAACUCGUUGUCCAUGCACCCAAUGUGUGAACUUCUAUUAUUAUGAAUUAGAAACUGUAGAACGACACCUAUGGGUCAAUGGAUUUUCUAAGUCGUAUACAAAUUGGGUAUUCCACGGUGAGGACAAGACUAGUUCUAGCUUCAAUGUUGAUGAAUUAGAGUCUGACAUAAAUGAAGAUAGCGUAGAUUCUGAGGAUGAUGACGACAUGAUAGAGGCAAUUCAAGAUGUGGCUGGUGGAAUAAAUUUUGAAACUUUUCAAGAUGAAGAAAUUGUAGAGGAAGAAUCUCAUUAUGAACCGACAAAAUUUAAAGAACUAUUUGAAGAAGCAAAGAAAGAGUUAUAUCCUGGGUGUUCGAAGUUUUCUUCUCUAACAUUUUUGGUAAAAAUGAUGCAUAUCAAGGUGCUAAAUAAAUUAAGUAACAAAGCUUUUGACAUGAUACUUAAUAUAUUUCGUGAAGUUCUUCCAAAUGACCAUAAAAUACCAAGUUCUCAUUACGAAGCUAAACGAAUGUUACGCAAACUUGGAUUAGGCUAUGAGACAAUUCAUGUAUGUGAAAAUGAUUGCACUCUAUUUUGGAAAGAACAUAAGGAUGCUACUGAAUGCCCUAUUUGUGGAUUUUCAAGAUACAAACUCAAGGGGAAAAGGAGAAAAAAUGUACCAGUAAAAAAAAUGCAUUACUUUCCAAUUACUCCACGUCUACAAAGACUCUUUAUGUCACGGCAUACUUCAGAAGAAAUGAGGUGGCACAAAGAAAAACGUCUAAAUACUGAAGGUGUGCUUAGACAUCCUGCAGAUGGAGAAGCUUGGAAAGAUUUUGACAAACAAUAUCCAGAGUUUGCAAUAGACCCAAGAGAUGUCAGAUUGGGGCUUGCAACCGACGGAUUCAAUCCAUUUGGAAAUAUGAGUACUAGCUAUAGUAUAUGGCCUGUUGUGUUAGUACCAUACAACAUGCCACCAUGGAAAUGUAUGAAAGAAAAUAAUUUUAUAAUGGCAUUAUUAAUUCCUGGUCCCAAAUCCCCAGGAAAGGACAUCGAUGUUUACUUACGACCCCUAAUUGAUGAGCUAAAAGAAUUAUGGGAAAAAGGUGUAAAAACAUACGAUGUAUCGAGUAAAAAAGAAUUUAUGAUGCGUGCUGCAAUAUUAUGGACGAUAAAUGACUUUCCAGCUUAUGGUACAAUAUCUGGGUGGAGCACAAAAGGCUACAAGGCAUGUCCUGUUUGUAAUGUGGAUGCUUCUUCGUUUCCGAUAUUAGGUAAGAUUAGUUAUAUGGGGCAUCGUCGUUUCUUUCCUUUGGAUCAUCCAUGGCGCAAAGAUAAACGCUAUGAUGGUAAAAUUGAGAAUCAUCCUCCUCCUAAAUUAUUAUUAGAAGAUGAUAUCUUAAAACAGUUGGAUACUGUUGAUGAAUUUAUACCAGGAAAAAUACCAAAAGAAGAUAAUGGAAAAUUAUCUGAAGAAGUUGUACACAAGAGAAAAAAAUUAAAGUGUGAUGUGAAUGAUGGAGACAAACAAAAAAAUAAGCCUAUUUGGAAUCGAAAAUGCAUUUUGUGGGAGUUAGAGUAUUGGUCAAAGUUAAAGUUAAGACACAAUUUGGAUGUGAUGCACAUCGAGAAGAAUAUUUGUGAAAGUGUUUACGGGACAAUGUUAUGCAUAGACAAGAAGUCAAAAGAUACUGAAAAAGCACGACUUGACUUACAAAGGAUGAACAUACGCAAAGAAUUGCACUUAAAGAAACAAGGAGAUAAAUGGAAUGUCAACAUAAGUGAAGGCAAGAUUACUGGCUUAAAAAGUCACGAUUGCCAUGUUUUGUUGCAAAGACUAUUGCCAGUUGGGUUGCGACCAUAUGUGAAAAAAGAUGUGCUACUUGCCAUUUCUGAGCUCUCAUUAUUUUUUCGAAAGUUGUGUGCAAAAACAUUACAUGUUGAAGACUUGGAUUCACUAGAACAAGGAAUCGUAAAAUGCGUUUGUAAGCUUGAAUCCAUUUUUCCCCCAGCAUUUUUUGAUGUCAUGAUCCACUUAGCAGUUCACUUACCUUCCGAGGCAAAGUUGGGUGGUCCUGUACAUACACGUUGGAUGUAUCCAGUUGAAAGGUUUUUAGGUUUUUUGAAAAAAUUAGCCAAGAAUAAAGCACGACCAGAAGGUUCAAUUGCUGAAGGAUAUGUUGCUAAUGAGGCUUUAACAUUUUGUUCAAUGUAUCUUCAUGGGAUUGAAACACGAUUUAAUCGUCCAGAACGUAAUUGGGAUCUCAAUGAAGUACGAAAUACAUCAACAUUAUCGGUUUUUUAUCAACCUAUGAGACUAUUUGGUAGAAAAGAAUUACUCGAGUUACAACCUAUGGAGUAUAACAAGGCGCAUUGUGAGCACAGGCAAUUAUUACAAUCUAAAGGCAUAGUAGACAUCAUUCAAGCUCAAGAAUUAGAGUUUCCAUCUUGGUUCAAAGAAAAAAUUGUUGCAAAAUAUAAAUCAUCUCCUCGUGAAAUUAGUGAGUCAAUGUUUGCUCUUGCAAAUAUGCCAGAUCGAAGAAUCUUCUCAUAUAAUGGAUGUAUAGUUAAUGGUGUGCGAAAAUGGAGGGUGGUGGAUAAGGUAAAUCAUCGCCACUUAUGGGAUAUUCCAGAAAUAAUACUUGAAAGUGUAGGUGCACAAGACGAGAAUUCUAAUACUUGUACUGAAGCUUACCAAGAAGAGAGAUCAAAUGAUAUUGAAAUAACAUUUGAUGAUACAAAUGUUGAAAUUCCUCUUCACCAUGAAAACGCGGAGAUGAUAGAGAUUAACUCAUCACAUAUUAAUCUCGAAAUAAAUAAUAGUGAUCAAAUUUUGAAUGAAGCUAAUGUCAUGGAAAGUGACGACGAUGAUGUAGGGGAUUAUGAGACUGAUGUAGAGGAUAUCGAUGAGGAAUUACAACAUGGCGAAUGUUCAAAUACAGAUGAAACUGAUGAAAGCUCAUAA